AUUAGCGGAUUUUCGUGUAAAUUUGAAUGUAUUAAAAUAAGCUAUUUGCCGCUUUGCACGAAAAAACAGUGAACGCUUUCAAUGGCGUCGUCAUCGUCACGAUCUCUGGUUUCUUCCUACACCUUUGAUGAGAAAGACCUAGACGACGCUGAUUUAUGGGCGGUGAUUGAUUCCGCCGCCGCUGCAGCUACUAUCGCCGGCAAAUCUCCGAAACCCCUUGCUAUUAGGUAUCCAAAUUACAAUUCUCCUCCGACGCCUGUUUCGUAUCCUUCUCCACAGUCGAAAAUUCUUCAGAUCCCCAAUCGUAACCCUAAUCUUGGCCGAGGAUUGAACGAGGAGUCUAAUCGUCCGAGCAAAAUGGCCAGAUCUCGCAUCUUGUCUGAGGUGAAGAGUGAGACUCCGAUGGCUCUUGUUACGACGGCGCACCGGAAUUCGACCCCGAAUAUCAUCAAUUCGACGAAGUUUUCUUCGCCGGAGAGUUACUUGUCGCCUGGGAUUAGACAGCCUACGCCUUUUGCGGAGGUUUCUCCGUCAGCGAGCUGUGUUAAGAACGAUCCGAUUAAUGAGAUGCGACAUAGCUUGUCCGGUAGCUUUCCUUCUGCUACUCUGUUCAAGGAGUACCAGAAUACAGCAAUGGCGAUUCUAGAGAAAUCUGAUUACACGAUGAUAUCAGGGAAGGCAUACAUCAAAAAGUCAGGUUGGAGGAAAAUAUCGUUUUACUUCAAUGUGUCUUAUGAAAUAAGAGACAAGACUAUUGAAUUCGACGAAAACAGAAAUGUCCAGCGUGCUGAGUUCAUCGUUCGAGCCAUUAUGCAUGGAGGAAGAUUCGCUGACGGAUGGGGUUCUUGUGAGCGACGUGAGAAGAAAUUUCUUAAACCGAAUCACGAUAUCCCUAGCACAGCGGAGACCAGAGCCAAAAACAGGGCUUGUCAGGAUCUUCUUGGAAUCGGUGAAUAUCGAGAAAGCCCAGCUGGGCUUCCACGAUGAUCAGACAACAUCAAAUGUAUUUCCCGACCUUGCCAAUCCCAAGCUAAACCUUAUCAAACCCACACCAACCGAUGUCUUUUAUGGGUUUUUAACUCUUGAAAUCAUACGAUAUAAACGAAUAGAACUUGGUUGCUGAAGUAUGGUGGAUUAUGAUUUGUGUCGAGUAUUCUAAAAUCAACAAAUCACAGAUAAUAGUCAAUCUUAGAUGAUUAUGUUGUUGAAUCUCAGCAAGCUUUUUCCAAAGCAACUCACCAGAGUUCCAAAGGGAGACUUGAAUCAUGCGGUUACAGUAUCUCAUUGUUUUUGAGAUAAAGUAUCUUUCUU